AUGGCCCGGCCGCCCUCCAUGUUCCACGCAUUCUUGCGGCCCUCGAUUCUGCAAGUCCUUCGCGCGACGGGCUACCACAGCACGCGCCCCGCGGUCCUCGAUACACUGACCGAUAUUGCGGCGCGAUAUUUAGCACUCCUGUGCGAAAAGACUGCGAGAAAUGCCAUGAACAACCACGGCGAUGCGGGGGACUACGAUAUUGUGGACGUCAGAAUGGCCUUGCAAGAGGCCGGAGCUCUGCUGCCAGAAAGAACUGAGACCGAACAAAUGUGGAAGGGAGAAGAGGACCUGAGAGGGGUGGAAGAGUUCAUACAGUGGUUUUCUGGGACGCGCAUGAAGGAGAUGAUGGAGAUGGGUAGCGGAGAUACUGAAUCUGACGCUACCGACUAUCUGGCAGCCUUGAAAAAGAAACACAGCAAAACCGGCGACGAUGCCAAAUGGCAGGGUACAAUCUUUGGAAAAAACACAGACGGCAAUGAGAUCCUGGUGGAAGGCGGCUCCAUAACGAGCAUAAGCGAAUGGAUAUCUCAGCGAGCACCCGAAUCACCGACGCCACGAGACUCAAUAGAGGAACAAGGAGAAGGGGGGGAGAAGCAGCCACAAAACGGGGACGAGCCUGGGACUGUAGAGAUGAGAAGAGCUUCUAGUUCGGGCCUCAGUUCAGUAGGCGAUAGGCUGGGCGAUGAUGGCAUCGAGGACAUGGAUCUAACGUAA